AAGACAAAAAUACCACAUCUCUUCACCACUACUCCACCAGCUUCUUCUUCUCCGAUAUUGCAGGUGUUCAACGAAGUAAGAUCAUCCAUCCCCUUUCAAAAAUGGUGCUUCAUCCUCCUCCUCACCAACACGAACAAUUCAUACUCAAAUCAGCACUAUACUCCAGACUCCUGGUCUUGUCCCUAACCAUCACAUGGCGCAUUCUAGCAUCCCCUUACGACAGCUCCGCACCGUUGAACCUUCCCUGCCUCACCGCCAACCACACGCACACUCACACUCUUCCCCAAUCCCAAACCCUAUUACUCCCCAAACUCGCUUCCGCACUCGAAAAUGGCAUCGUUUGGGACUCCGUCUACUUCGUCCGCAUCGCCCAGUGCGGCGGUUACGAGUACGAGCAGACCUACGCGUUCUUGCCGCUUCUCCCGAUCUCCAUUUCCUUCCUCUCUCGCUUUCUCUCUCCAAUUUUCGCCCCCUUUGUUGGACACAGAGCAGUUCUUGCUUUCUCCGGUUACCUAAUCUGCAACGUCGCUUUUGUCUUCGCAGCUCUUUACUUGUACAGGCUUUCCAUGAUUAUCUUGAAGGACCCUGAAAUUGCAUUACGGGCUACGAUUUUGUUCUGCUUUAACCCAGCCUCAAUUUUUUAUUCAUCAAUAUACUCAGAGAGUCUGUAUGCCCUCCUUUCUUUCGCAGGGUUGUACUAUUUCGUAAAGGGUGGGAAUAAUUUAGCCUCUCUCUUUUUCGCUCUCUCUGGCUGUGCAAGGUCUAAUGGGGUGCUUAAUGCUGGUUAUCUCUGUUUUCAGACCAUGCAUCGGGCUUAUAAUGCUAUGUUUCAGCAAAAGCGCACUGCUUUGGCAUUGGGGACUGUUAUUGCUGGAGCUUUACGUAGUGUGUUCGUUUUUGCUCCAUUUGUAGCUUUCCAAGCUUAUGGGUAUUACAAUAUGUGUAAAGGACGGCUUCCUGAUGAAUUAAGGCCUUGGUGCAAGGCGAGGGUACCAUUGCUUUAUAAUUACAUACAAAGUCAUUAUUGGGGUGUAGGUUUCUUGAAAUAUUUUCAGUUGAAGCAGUUGCCUAACUUUCUUCUUGCAUCGCCAGUACUGUCUGUGGCACUUUACUCUGUUGUCUAUUAUGCUAAAUCAAGGCCUGAGAACUUCUUCUCACUGGGUUUUCGAACUUCUAUUGAAGAGAAGAGCUCUGGAGUUGUGUUUUUGUCGGAUGAUUUUUAUAGGUCCAAAAAAGCUGGCAAUGUGGAUAAAUCUUCUGUUAAGGCCAAAGAAAAUUCCAAUCUUACUAAGAGAAAGAAGGUGACUGAAGGAGCUGUUGGUGAAGUUCACAUGGCUGAGCCAGCAACUAGGCCAGGAUACUUUUCUGCAUGUGUACUCCCAUUUGUAUUGCACUUGGCAUUCAUGGCAGCCACAGCUUUCUUUGUCAUGCAUGUACAGGUCGCGACCCGGUUCCUGUCAUCAAGCCCACCUGUUUAUUGGUUUUCUUCGUACAUAAUGGCACAUCCUACCAAAUACCAUAGAUGGGGAUAUGUGAUUUGGGCAUACUCUGCUGCAUAUAUUUUCCUUGGCAGUUUGCUGUUUUCAAACUUCUAUCCUUUUACUUGAUAGCUAGAAGUAGAAGAUAUAUUCAGCUUUUCAAUCUCAUACACGGAAGCACAUAGGCAUAGCUUGCAGAUCCUGAAUUUUGCACACUAAUUACUGUGUUGCUUUCCCAUGGCUGGGCUCGGCGGGUGGCUAUUUGAUGCGUGCGGAAGCAAAUUACUCUGCCUUAUAUUUGCUAACCAUUUAUAAUCCUAUAUGAUAUGUUUUCUUUUUUCUUUCUUAUCCCUCCUUUACCUCAACACAGGAUUUAAUUUUCCUGGUGAUUAAUCUUCACUAAGUCCAGCUUUGUUCUAAUUAUAUGUUUCUUUCUAUCUAGUUAUGUUUUGAAGUGUAUCAUCCUUUCAUUUCCAGUGAGUAGUUUAAUGCCACAGAUCAUUUGUAACAGGUGAAAUACAUUUUGUUCUGCCAUUGCUUUACGGCGGAUUGGUUACGAUUAUUAGAGGGAUACAUUUUGAAAAGCAGAAGCAUAACUUGAAGAAGCAUAUCAAAUUGAUGGUUUAUUUA